AUGUCGAAAAGAUCUGCUCCAAUCGACGAGACCAACGGCGUCAACAAUAACCGUACGGUGUCAAGCAAGCUAGCAUCCAGUGAUGUCCCUACUAAUGCGGUGACCCCUGUGGCAGGCGAUGAUAUCGAGAUGGGUGAAUUUGAGGACCAGUUCAGUGACGAAUUUGAAAGUGAUGGGGAGAUCAUUCAGAUGGACGGUGAAGAAGAUGACGAGGAAGAAGACCAACAUAUCGAGGUAGAUGCCGAAAUUAACGGAGGUGAACGUUCGAGCAACCAGCAAAUCGUUCAGCAAGACGAAGUAAGUGGGCAAAAAGACCAGGACAGCUCAGAUGCACAGCAACAGCAGCUGUACUUGCCCCAUUUGUCGAAGCCUUUAGGUCCAGACGAGGUUCUAGAAGCGGACCCAACAGUUUACGAAAUGCUGCACAACGUCAACGUUACGUGGCCAUGUAUGACACUAGACGUUGUCCCAGACCAUCUUGGUUCUGAGCGUAGAAACUAUCCGCAGUCGCUAUUAAUGGCAACUGCUACACAGGCCUCCAAAAAAAAGGACAAUGAACUGUUGUGUCUUAAACUUUCUCAGCUCAGUAAGACUUUGAUGAAAGAUGAAAAUGAAGACGGCAGUGACAACGACGAAGACGAUGACGAGGAUGAGGACCAGGAUCCCGUGGUCGAAAACGAAAACAUACCAUUGAGAGACACUACUAACAGGUUACGUGUUUCCCCUUUUGCAUCGGAGUCGCCUGAAAAGCUAACUGCUACCAUGAGUGAAAACGGGGAAGUACACAUAUUCGAUCUGGGCCCACAGUUCAAAGCUUUUGAAACCCCAGGCUACCAAAUCCCUAAAACCGCCAAGAGACCCAUUCAUACGAUCAAAAAUCACGGCUCCGUGGAAGGUUAUGCUCUCGACUGGUCUCCAUUACAUAAAAGCGGAUCUUUGUUGACUGGUGACUGCUCAGGGAGAGUUUACCUAACACAGAGACACACAUCCAAGUGGGUCACCGAGAAAACUCCAUUCAGUGCGGAUAACAAUAAAUCAAUCGAAGACAUCCAGUUUUCGCGCACAGAAGCUACAGUCUUCGCUACCGCAGGCUGCGACGGCUAUGUCAGGAUCUGGGAUACCCGUUCUAAGAAGCAUAAGCCUGCUAUUUCCGUGAAGGCCUCCAACACAGACAUCAACGUUAUCAGCUGGAACGAGAAAAUAGGAUAUUUGUUGGCAAGCGGUGACGACAGCGGGUCGUGGGGAGUAUGGGAUUUGAGACAGUUUUCGCCUGCGACAGCAGCAUCCACAACUCCCGUUGCCCAGUACGACUUCCACAAGGGUGCUAUCACGUCGAUUGCGUUCAAUCCUAACGACGAUUCUAUCAUAGCGGUUGCCAGCGAAGACAACACUGUCACAUUGUGGGAUUUGUCGGUUGAGGCUGAUGAUGAGGAAAUUAAACAGCAGGCUGCCGAGACGAAGGAAUUGCAAGAAAUUCCUGCUCAGCUCCUUUUCGUCCACUGGCAAAAAGACGUCAAAGACGUCAAAUGGCACAAGCAGAUUCCUGGCUGCCUUGUGAGUACAGGCAGCGAUGGUCUGAAUAUAUGGAAAACCAUCAGUGUUUAA